UCAGACCGAACUAACUGGUCAGUCAUCAGUGUCAUUCAAGAAUGAUGACUAAUCAAAAAAAAAAUUGGGAUUUAUGCCACCAAACAGUUCAUAAAAUCUCUGAAAUGGCUUGAAGUAGAAGGAGAGUGACACAGAUCAAUCCCAUGUAUAAAUACAGAAACAUCAGUUUUGGAAUAGGAAAAAGUGGCAUUGUUAAGAGAUACUUGAGGGAGGAUUUAGCCAAGAUACAGAAUGGCUGGCUCUUCAUCACAGCCUGAAUUGGGUGACAAUGUAAGAAAGGAGCCAGGACCAUUGAUGAAACUCAUCCUACAAGCUGGGAGAGACAAAGGCGCCCCGAGUCAAGGUUUAAUGGAGCCAGUGGAGAAAAAGGAACCAGAGAAGGACCUCAACUGGUACCUUCCAUUGUACAAGGCAGCACUAAGAGGUGACUGGGAGAGUGCCAAAAAUUUCUUCAACCAAGACCCUGAGGCAAUCACUGCUAAGAUCACUAAAGUCUCCGAGACAGUGUUACACAUUGCUGUUGGGACACAAAGGGCGACAAGUUUUGUGAAAGAAUUGUUGGAGUUGAUACCAACGGAGGCUUUGGUGACACUAAAGGAUCAAGCUGGUCAGACGGCCCUCCACUAUGCUGCCAUAUAUGGAAAUGUUGAGGCAGCCGAGCUUCUGGUGACUAAAAGUCCUGAGUUGACUAACGUAUGGAGUGGCGCAGGAUUACUGCCUAUUCAUUUGGCUGCUGGCUAUGCCAACAAGGAUAUGAUUUCGUACCUCUUCACUGUCACCAGAGAUGAUGUAGAGCCCAGUCCGUUUGCUGACAGAUCUGGUGUAGAGCUUCUAAAUCUUGUAAUAUCUGCAGAAUUUUAUGAUUUGGCUCUGUAUCUGAUCCAGCUUUAUCCAAAGCUGGCAACAUUGCGAUCACCUGCUGGUAAUACUGCUCUACGUGUGAUUGCUGGAAAGCCUUCUGCAUUUCCAAGUGGAAUUAGACUCAAUGUUUGGCAGCGGCUCAUUUAUUCAUGUGUUCCUGUGAAGUUUGGGAAUGUCUAUAGUCCUGCUAAAAUUGGAGACAUGGAAAAUCCAGCUGCGGGGAACCAAAUGUCCAUGCUUAUAUGCCGCUGGGUUCAUUUCUUCUGGGAAUUCGGCUCUUCUGUGUGCAAGAAAUGCCAUGAAGCAACUUGGGAAUUCAUUGAAUGGUUAGUGCCAUACUUUAAAAGUGUAAGGGACACCCGAUUGAUGCAUAGGCAGACUCUUCAACUCAUCAAGCGUUUGUGUGCCGAAGUUGCAGGACUAGAUUACUCAUCAGCUGCAUCAAUAUUUGACGGUCCAAUCCUUUUGGCUGCAGUUUCAGGAAUUAGUGAACUUGUUGAGGAGAUUCUGGAAUCAUUCCCCCCGGCAAUUUGGUCAAGGAACCAAGAGGGGCAUAACAUAUUCCUACUGGCAGUUGAAAAUCGCCGAGAGAACAUCUUUAACAUCCUGUACCAGAUGAGUGAGCACAAACAGUUAGCCACACAGCUUCGAGACGUAAAGAGGAAUAACAUUUUGCAUCUGGCUGGCAAACGAGCACCUCCGGCUCGACUUAGUCUUGUUUCUGGUGCAGCUCUGCAGAUGCAAAGAGAGUUACAGUGGUACAAGGAAGUCGAGAAAUACGUGCUUCCUGACUCCAAAGACGCUAGAAACUCCAAUGGGAGAACGCCAGCAGUAGAAUUCUCGGUGGAACACAAAGAUUUGGUUAAAGAAGGGGAGAAAUGGAUGAAAGACACCGCGAAUUCUUGUACAGUGUCUGCAACUCUCAUUGCAACGAUAGGAUUUGCAGCAUCAAUUACAGUACCCGGGGGCAACAACAGCGAUAGUGGCUUCCCCAUUUUCCACAAAAACACGGCGUUUACUAUCUUUGCUAUUUUUGAUGCCCUUUCCUUGUUUUCAUCUACAGCUUCUCUGCUGAUGUUCCUGUCCAUCCUCACUGCACGCUAUGCAGAAAACGAUUUUCUGUACUCCCUCCCGAGGAGGCUAAUAAUAGGCCUUACUAUGCUGUUUCUCUCCAUAACAUCAAUGAUGGUAGCUUUCAGUGCCACUAUCUACCUCGUAUUUGGGGAAAAGAAGGCAUGGACUCUCGUACCAGUGGCCGGAUUGGCAUGUCUACCCGUGACUUUGUUCGUGACGUUGCAAUAUCCCCUUCUAAAGGAUAUGAUAACUUCCACUUACUGCCCCGGGAUUUUUGGUAAGCGCAGUGAUCGCCUCCUCUUUUAGCUUAAUGAAGCCUGCUAGUAGCCAUUAUAGUAUGGUUUCACAUGCAAGAAAGAAACCAAAAAGCAGCUUAGGCUUUCAGGGUAUAUUCUUUAUGCCUAAAUAUAGACUUUUGUUUGGAUCUGUAAUAUCUGAUUGCUGAACAUUGAAGUUUCAUCCAAAGAAUGGCCUUUUGUACUUGGGUUGACUUCUUGAUCCUUUCUUGUAAAACUUUUGUUUGUAUAGUGGAAGUUGUGAUUUCAAA